CAUACUACGACUAUUUAUAGUACACAUAACCAUACUGUUUCCCUAAAUGCAUCAAACUCCAUACAUUUUCAACACAAUUCAAAAUAGAAUUUUGAAUUCCCCCCUUUGUAUUACAUUGUAAGCGUACCGUAAAAAGCCUAAUUAUGUUUACCGUAACUGUUACCGUACCAAGCGUCCUCACUCCACUGAUUGUAAAUUCGUUAUAAUUCCUGUCAGUUAUUAUUCCAAAUCUGACAAGCAGUCGAAAGUUCAAAUCGAAAGUUCGAUUUGACUUUGCAAUUUCGUCAUAGUCCACUUAGUGCAUCAAACGGAUCCCAUCCAGUUGUCUUCGGUCCGUUCUUCCGCGACAAUGUCUAGUUAGUCGAAGUUAGCCCUACGUGAGUGUUCGUUACUACAUUCCGUCGACUUAUUUUUAUUUCUAGAGGCGAACAUUCUCAGUUCAAGAUUUGCUUCGAUUUGUCGCGUAGAGGAGCUCGCAAUGAACACGUGUGCAGCAACAAGUUGCAGUGCCGCGCUAUCGUCGCCGCCGCCCACUAUUUUCGCUCAAUUGGUGCAAACGAUUCUUGCAUCGCAGUGCACCUUGGGAAACGGUGGGGGGAUCUAUCCAGCUGAUCGUUCAGACGAUGUUUCGUCUUCAAGAAUGGAAUUCGAUUUCGUGAUCGUUGGAGGUGGAACGGCGGGUAGCGUUUUAGCCAACAGGCUAACCGAAGUAGAAGAUUGGAACGUCUUAUUGAUCGAGGCUGGGGACAAUCCAAGCAUGGAAAGCGAUGCUCCUGGUUUGACGGCAAUCGUCAUUGGUGGACAUCAAGAUUACCGUCACUUGACCGAACCCCAAAGAAACGUCUGCCAGAGCAUGAGGAGGAAACAAUGCGUAUGGUCGAUGGGCAAAGCGCUCGGCGGCAGUUCCGUCAUCAACGCGAUGAUCCACAUGUACGGUAACGACCGAGACUACAACGAUUGGGUGAGCAUGGGUAACGAAGGAUGGAGCUACGAAGAGGUCUUGCCUUACUUCAGGAAAUCGAUCAGUUGUUCACCCGAACAGCUAGCGAUAACAGGGAGGAGGUACUGCGGUACCAACGGCCCCAUGAGAAUUAGGAGUUACAACGCUACUAACAUAGAAUUAAUGAACACCAUGCUAAACGGAGUACGCGAGAUGGGACUAAACGUCCUGGAAUCUUUAAAUGGCGAUCGUUACACUGGCUUUGGAAGAACUCUAGGUACGAUUGAGAACAAACGACGCAACAACUGUGCGAAAGCAUUCCUGGCGCCCAUCAAAGACAGAAGGAACCUGUUCGUGAUGAAAUCCACCAGAGUAGACAAAAUCCUGUUGAACGGUAAAAGAGCGACUGGCGUGAGAGCCACCUUGAAGAACGGUAGGUCGAUCGACAUAAGAGCCUCGAGAGAAGUGAUCCUCUCAGGAGGCACUAUCGGCAGUUCAAAGGUGCUGAUGCUUUCGGGUAUCGGUCCCAGGAGACACCUAGACGUGAUGGGAAUCCCUACGGUAGUCGACCUACCCGUCGGCGAGAAUCUCCAUGACCACAUGAUAUGGGCAGGACUUCGCGUAGGGUACGUGAACAGGUCGUCCACUCUUCCACGUCCGACGAUCGCGAUGGACGACACCUACGACUACCUGGUGCGCAACGAUGGAUUGUUCGCAUCAGUCGGGGGGACCGACGUGUUGGGUUUCGUCAACCUCUACAACUCGUCAGCAAAGUACCCAAACGUCCAGUUUCAUUUCGGCUUUAUCCCAAGGUGGCGCACGGACAUAGCAGCCACAGUUAUAAGCAGGUUCAACGUCGAGGAUGAUCAGAUACGAGAAAUUCAAAGGCAGGUAAUGGACUACGAUGUACUCGUGUGCUUUCCGGUUGUGUUGCAACCGAGAAGUCGCGGUAGGAUGGAGUUGCGCAGCACGAAUCCGGCGGAUCCUCCUAGGAUUUAUCCGAAUUACUUUGGCGAGGCGGAAGACGUGCAGACGAUGGUGAGGUCUGUUGAGACGUUGAGGGCCUUGGUGAACACGAACGCGUUUAGACGGCAAGGAAUGAGAUUGCUGUAUACUAAUAUUUCUGACUGUGCGAAUAGAACCGAAUAUUGGGAGUGUAACGCGAGGCAUCUCGCUGGCUCGCUGUUCCACUUUGUUGGAACGGCUAAAAUGGGCCCUGUAGGCGAUCGAACGGCAGUCGUGGAUCCCAGAUUGAGGGUGCACGGUGUCCAAGGGCUAAGGGUGAUCGAUGCUUCGAUCAUGCCCAAAAUCAUCAGUGGGAACACUAAUGCUCCCACUAUGAUGAUUGCGGAAAAAGGGGCGAAUUUGAUUAAGCAAGAUUGGUCGAUAAGCACUCGCGAAGAACUAUAAAAGGUGAUUAAGUCUAUAAAAUUAUAGACGCAAGUUUUGUAGCUGUUUCUGUCGACUUCGUUAACACAAUCCGUUAUUCCCGUGUUUGGAUGCGAUUUGCCGAGUCGUACAAAUUGUUUUCUAACACCGUUUAAACGUAACCGACAAAACUUAGGGACACGAGUAAAACGUGUUCUUCUUCGUUAAAAUAUGUUACACUGACUGAGUGAAUUGUUUAAUUUUAACGCUAAAAUUAUCGAGAUCAAUGGAUACAAUUCAAUCAGGCACAUUCAUCGAACACAAACAAUAUAUGGCUGCUGUAACAUAUGAUUAAAUUGUAAUGGAACGACUGUUUUAUUUUUCGACGUUGAAAGCUUUUUAGUAAUUAGCGACGAAUCUGUGAAGUGGAGCACGAAUAAAUACUUGAAUCAGAAAUAAAUAAAAACUA